AGUAAAAGAGCAAGGAAGUGUGGGCACAUGCACUCAUUCUUUUAACUGAAGAAAGUUGCAGUUCGUAAUGGCUUUUUAUCUGUGAACAUUUUGUGGCGGAUAGGGAUAGCUAGCGCUCCAAAGGGAAUCUGCAGUUCACGGAUUGCAAGCUGAGACGGAGAUCACGCUUAAGAAAAUGUAUUUUUUUCCACUGAAAAUGAUGCGAAAAAAUGUUAAAUAUAUUGUUGCAUCUGGGAUUCUGGCAUUAGGAAUACUUGCUUACCUGGAUUUCAUAUCCCUGGAUAUCUGGCAUCAAAAACACGAUAUUGGACGGUAUCCACCGGGUGGGGUUUUUGUGGGCGAAUCUAUAAGAAGAGAAGAUGGCAAUCCAAAAAUACCCCAGCAACGCAGAGCUGUUCCGGUUGAAAAUGGUUUUGAAUUCAAGAAAGAUGUACCUCCAUGGAAACCUGAGUUUAUAGGUCAAGCUAAUCUGCAUAUUUUUGAAGAUUGGUGUGGCAGUUCCAUUGACCAACUUUGUAGAAACCUCCAUUUUCCAUUAUACCCACAUACACGGACAACUAUAAAAAAACUGGCAGUGGCACCUAGCUGGACAAACUAUGGUCUUAGAAUAUUUGGAUACAUCCAUCCCUUUGCCACUGGUAUCUUCCAAUUUGCAGUGGCUUCUGAUGAUAAUUCUGAAUUUUGGCUGAGUAAAGAUACAGACCCUGAACAUCUUCAAUUGCUUGCUUCUGUUGGGAAGUCAGGCAAAGAGUGGACUGCUCCUGGGGAAUUUGGAAAAUUUCACAGUCAGGUUUCUCAACCUGUGCAUCUGUCUUCUGACAAUCGGUACUAUUUUGAAGUACUUCAUAAACAGGAUCACAAAGGCACAGACCAUGUGGAAGUUGGGUGGAGACUGAACCGGCCUGGCCUGUUGUUUACUUUAAUCGAGCCCCAAUAUAUUUCCCUGUUUGCAAAUGAGUCUUUGUUAAAGAUGAAUGACAUCGACCAUAUACCAUUAUCUAAGGCCAGCUAUCGAAUAAACUGCACAAACCCAUUAGGCACCAGUCACAGUUCAGAAAUGCUCAGGACUGACCCCAGGGAUGAAUUUUUUACAUUUCCUUUGAUUGAAGAGCAAUAUUUACAUCAAAUUUUACCAGACUGCAUCUACAACCCAAGCUAUGUCAUCAAAGAUUUUCCUCUUAAUCGUUAUCAAGGGUUACAUUUUGUACAUCUGUCCCUUAUUUAUCCCAAUGACUUCACAAGACUUACACACAUGGAGUCAGAAAACAGGUGCUUCUAUCAUGAGGCUCCAUAUAUUCUAAACAGGUUUGGGUUUUACAGAUACAUGAAGAUGGAUACUCCAGUUGAGCAUGAAGUUGUUUCUGUUCAGGAAGGAGAAAGUUUUGAACUAGUAGAUAAUGUUAAGCACCAUAAUUCAAAGGAAUAUAUUUUUCAGUAUAAAGAUCCAAAUAUUGGACACCGAGAGCUUCCUGAAGAGGAAAGACAAAUGGAACAUAGUCCCAAAGACUAUGGUGAUGAUUACGAUGAUUAUAAUUUUAAAAGACGAAGGAAGAUGCUCUCUGCAAAGACCACUCCCAGAUCACCCAUGCAGACAAGAUCUGUUGCCAAGAGAAGAAAAAGAAGGAAAGAAAGCCAGAUUUACUUGCAACAAGUAAACAGAUUUGAAAAGCAAAAUCAAGAAAUGAAAAUAGAUAAAAGAGAGGCACCAUUUAUUAAUCAGGCAAACACUAUACAGCCAGCAAAUCUCAGCCAGUCUUUCCUGCAGGUCAUGAUAAGAACUCUUGUGCCAAGGGUGAAGCAUAUCAGAAAGAAAGAGAUAAAAGAGGAGGUGCAGAAUUUUCAUAAAGUGUUAGCUGCCAUACCUCUAUAUCAAAAAUCUCUUAACGCAAAAACAAAAGAGGAGAAAGAGAAUAAUACAGUUCUUGAAAAAAGGGUCUUUUUGGUGCAAGAAAACGUAAAGGAUACAAAAUUGUCAAAUCACAGCCAGCAAGAAAUUUUUGACACCCAAAAUAGAAUGAACAUUAAAAGUCAAGAAUAUGCAAUGUGGCAAAAAGAGGAUAUGGAAAUGGGAAGGAAACUGGAAGAUCAGGAUUUAUGGAGAGAGAAGUCAUUUAGUAUCUCCCCUUAUGGUAGUAACACAGAGGGUUAUUCUGAUGACCUAGAAGAAGACAGACUUUUUUUCAACCCAGCUAUUCAUGACCAGGAAGUAAACUGGGAACAAACAUUCAGUGUUGAUAACCUUGAUUUCCAUUCCUUGCGAUCAGAUGAUAUUGACCUCACAUGUAAUGUAUCUGGAAAUCUUCUCCUUAAAGAGUCUGAAGCACUGGAGGUUGUUGAGACAUUCAUGAAGAAGUUCAAAGAAAAAAACAAAGAGAAGUUUGAACUGAGGAAGGUGGUUAAUGUGGAGAAGCGUGUUGAUGAAAUUCAAGGAAGCAGAUAUCUUUUGGAGCUUGAACUCCUGGAAGAUGGGAAACGGACUGUGAGAUUGUCACAGUACAUUUAUGCUCUUAACCAUAAUAUAUACCAUAUGGAUGUAAAAUACAAGAGGAAAUCCAAGCAUAAUAAAAAGAUGCUUUUGUGCAAUCCUGUGGGUUUUUCCUGGAAACGUGACACUAUGGUCCAUUUCAUUGUACCAGUUAAAAAUCAGGCUCGCUGGGUCCAGAAGUUCAUAGCUGACAUGGAGGAACUGUAUGAAAUCACACAAGAUGGAAACUUUAAUGUCAUCAUUACUGACUACAGUAGCACAGAUAUGGAUGUUGAAAAAGCCUUAAAACAAGCAUCUUUACCAAGAUUUCAGUAUUUGAAACUGAAGGGAAACUUUGAGCGUGCUGCUGGGCUGCAGGCUGGAAUUGACCUCAUUCAGGACAACCACAGUAUUAUAUUUCUUUGUGACUUGCACAUUUACUUUCCCCCAAUGAUCAUCGACAGCAUUCGCAAACACUGCAUAGAGGGAAGAAUGGCUUUUGCACCCAUUGUUAUGCGUCUAAACUGUGGUGCCUCUCCUGAUCAACCAGAUGGUUACUGGGAAGUGAAUGGUUUUGGUUUACUGGGCAUAUUUAAGUCUGAUCUUGCAAAUGCUGGUGGGAUGAACACACUGGAAUAUCAUGAGUCAUGGGGAGGAGAAGACUGGGAACUUUUGGACAGGAUUUUACAGGCUGGACUAGAGGUUGAAAGGAUACAUCUGAGACAUUUUUAUCACCACUACCACUCCAAGCGAGGAAUGUGGAACAGACGCAUAUAUAGAGCUAUGCAUAGAAGUAACGUUUGAGAUUUAUGAACUGAAGUAACGGUACAGCCAACUCCCUUGGUCUGUUGGACUCACUGGCACACUUUGCAAUUACACUUGAGCGAACUGGAAUGAUGGGUCUGAGGUACAGAGGCAGGCCUUUGUCCAAUGCUCAUGGUCUAUUAAAUUAAUAAGGUCACUUUUAAUUUAUAAAAAUUAUGUAGGAGUUUUUUUUUUUUGCUUUUCAUACUGGUGUUCUUGUUUCAGAGACAGCAAUUUAAUUUAGUCAUUUGUUUUUUUUCCAUUUUGUAACAUACAUGAGGGUGAAUAUUUAAUAUGAAUGGUGUGUGAGAGAUGCUGCUUAUAUGUCUAUACAGGUUGCAUGUAUAUAUGCAUUUAAAAUACAUUCAUUUUCUUAUAUACAUGCAUAUAUUUAUAUAUUAUUUUGUAUGCAUAUACAGUACAUCUCUAAAUAUGUACGUAAAUUAUAUGCACAUUAGUGUGUAUGUUCAUACUUUACUAAAUGACACUGCAUUUUUGUUACUAUUAGAAAAUAAGGGUUAUUUUUUUUCCUAAGAUGUAGGUUAAGAUUUGUCUGUUCUCUCUAGCAAGUACUGUAUAUACUAAAGACAUUGAGUUGUUUUAAUUGAUCUGCCUUGACUCGGAGUACACAUUUCAGCAUAUUGUUUAGAAUAGCUGUUAUUGUCUAAUUUACAUGGAACAAUAAUGGGAACAGGUAGAUUGCAGAGUCAUUGUAAAGAGAAGGUAUGAGAUGUGAGCUUUUUCAUAUUACUGUAUAUUACAGAGUAUAUACACUUUCAUACUGAGCUGUAAAACAUAAUCUUUGAUGGCAUUUCUGGAUCUUAGUGAAAUGCGGCCUUGUAGAGUUGAGUCCAGUAGAGUACAGACAUGGCUCUCGGUUUAGCUCCUGGGUCAUAUCAGGGUAUUUCGUCUAGACACUGUGAAGAAUCUUUAAAUAUGUUAUGAUUCUAUAUGAUCUAUGGGACAUUUCUUUUGUAUUUCUAGCCCUGGCAAAAUUUUGAAUCCCACAGUAGGUCAUUGUGCAUUUAGACCUGUGCAAUUUUUAUAUGAUAUACUUGAUGGUUUCAUUGGUUGUGCAUAACAUGAGGGGCAAAAUCUCAGCACUUAAACACUUCUGUUAUGAGUGCCAGUCUACCCGUGUGUGUGUUAGUUUGCACCUUAAAGUAAAAAAGAAAUAUCAAUCAUCUGCUAUUUCUCAGGGGUUUACUUGACUAUUAAUGCUAAAGCAGACUACUUCUUAAUACAGAUUUCAGUUUGUGAAAAUUAAUGAAUUUAAGAUUACUGCACUUUAUUGCACUUUUAAUCUUCACCCUUAUAUAUGUUUAUGUGUUAUCUAAGGUGCAGGCUGGCACGUGUAUAUAUUAAAGUCAAUGAAUUCAAAAUUGUGAUUUUUAUGCCAUAUCUGUUAGGGGUGUAACGUUUUUGAUACCACAUUUUCAUAUAAUUGUCUUGUGAGUUGUAUACUAACAAAACCCAAGGUAUAUAUUUUGUUAACCUUCAAUUUAGGAAAUCUUCUGUAAAGUGACUUCAAAAACGUUUCACUUAACACAACCACAGCAUAAAUUUUGGAUGUAGAGCAACACACUCCAUUACAUUACAGUAACUAAUCUCCCUGUUUGAUGACAAGUAUACAGUAUAGGCAAAUUCCAAGAAUUUUCUGGUUGGUUGAGGUGGAAAAUGAAAUGUGCGUCUCUCAACAGAUUUUGGUUAUCUUGAUAGCUUCUGUGUAAUCAGUCAUGAUGCUGCACUCUGGGAAAACUGGCAUUUUGGGAAAAUUACUGUUCUGUGUGCUGUCUUCUGAAUUCAACUUUAGUUACAUGAAGUACGAUGCUUGCAAUUGGAAACUGUAGCAAUCAACAUCUCUGGAUGUAUUUAUUUUGUACUUUAAUACUUUACACUACCUCUGGAAACCUGUAUAUUUGUGUUAGUUAAGUAUGUAUACUAUAAAAGGAGUUCAGUUGAUUAUUAUGUACAACUUGAAGUUUGUGCCAAAAAUGGGACAUUAUUCUUGACCUGGGCCUUAAGCAUAUAAUUUAUAUAUUGUUUAUUUAUAAACUCCUUAGUGUUUAUAUUGUGCUUCUUCUAGCUGGAAUCGGCCAGGACCAAAUAUAAUACAUAAACUAGUGCAGGUCAGAUUAUGACAUUUAAAAGUAAUAUAGAAAUUUGAUCUGAAUAGCAUAUCCUUUGAAAUGUUGCAUAGCUUAGGGUUCUGACACUUCAAACACAAAUACUUUGGUUUAUGCGACCAAUACACAUCAGAUCACUUUGAACGUUUUGGCAGAUUUAUGGAAUUGCAAUCAAUAAGAUCCAGGCAAGUUCCAGACUUUUGUUAUUUCUCAAGCUUGAGAAAAAUGUGACCUGCUUCAAUUGUUUGGAAUGAAAUGGAGCCACCGAAAAGCCGGCAUUUUAUUUAUAAGAAAUUAAAUCGUUUGCCCAACUUCCUCUUAGGUACUGUAGCACUUGGGCUUGUUGAAUUUCUAGUGUAAGAGCUGGGCUGAUUUGAAACAAAGUGCCUAAUUCCCAGCAUUACUGUAAUGCAGAACUGAUCACACUCCACCAGCUCUACAUGAGUGAGUACUCGGAGAUGUCUGGAAGAGGUUUUCGUAGAUGGUACCACAUGUGUCUUGUUCAUUCUUUGGUCAUAAUCUACCAAAGAGCCUGCCAUACAUUUUUUUGUACCUUUAAAUGUUUACAGUCAUAUUAUCAUGAUACUGGUGUAGGCUGUAUAUAAAUAAAGAACUUUAUGAACUGCAUAUUGUGCUGUCCGUUUAGGACAAUGAUUCUGGCUAGAUUGGGGAUAGUCUUGAAUAUUUUUACUCUGAAAAAAGUGACUUUUUGCUUUUGUUAACUCUCAGUAAUAUUCUGAAUUUACAUUACUUGUAAAUUUUGUCUUUUGCCGAUCUUGUGUUGAAAACCAAGGGCAGAAACUGGAUGGGUGGAUGGAUAAUGUUGUCUCCUCCUGGGACUCUACUCAGUGCAGCUUCUGCUUCAUGCUAUGUGCAUCUGAAGGAUGUAUGAAGAGCAAAAAGUCUCUGCAGACUUCCAACAGAGACCACUUUUAACCUCUUAAACACUUCAUCAUAUGCAUACUGGGGUGUUGAGUGUACCUCACUUCAAAUGACCGCUUCUUAUGGUAUAGUUGUCAGAUCCUAAGCCAGCAUUUGGAAUUUGGAGUGUUUAAUUUCUGUGAAAUUGUUUUUGUAAGCAAUUGAUUUUUGUUUCUUUUUUUCUUUAUAAUAAAUUAUGCUGUGUGGGGGGAAAAAAGGCUUUUUGUGUGUAAUGUGUUGUCAUUUUGUAGUCCAUAUCUAAAGGCAAGGCAGUGUUCCGAUUGUGAUUUUACCCAUUAUACAAAAUCUAAUAAUCCCCUGUACAAAAGUUUAAUGAAGACUACAGACAGGUUGUGUCAUUCUCAUGGGUUCUGUCACAAAAAAAGUAAACAUCUAGGAUGAGUUAAAGAAAAAUUCUUAAACAAAAUCAAAAGUCCAAAACCUUUUUAGCACACUUCUGUGAUCAUUAAGUUGAUGAUCCAUUCAUCUAUCGAGUUAUCCAAUUUACUUGUGCAUUGUCCUGUACAAAUAUAUAGUUUUCCAAUAUUUUUAUGUCCCAGACAAAAAAUUGUAAUAAACUGGAUAUUAGAAUAUUACAAUGGUUAAGACAAGAACAGACCAUUCAACCUCUCAUAGCAUGUCAAUUUCUAGUCACCUAACUCUUGUAAAAUAACAUCAAAUGAAUUGUUUUGAAAGUCCCCAAAAUAUUACUGUCUCUUGUUGUAGGGGAUCCACUGUAUUGAUUCCCUUCAUAAUUUUAAACACCAGUCAUCUCAACAUUUACUUACAGUUUAAACUCCCUCAGACUCCUCUCAGAGCUCAUGCCUCUUAGUUCCAGAUCCAACUUAGUUGUGGUCUUCUGUACUGUCUUUUUAGGUGUGCUCACAUAUAAUGCAUGCAUGGCGCGCCUAUUGCAAUAGCCAUGUCUAUCUGCAUGUAACAAUUUGGGACACAAUGAAUCAAUUUGGUUGAAAUGUCGCUCAUUUAUUAUAUAAGGGAAUUGGUCAAGACAGUUAGACUUUCAUUGAGAGAUCUUGAACAGAUCAUGCUGCAGACUUUUAAAAUUUUCAAAUUCUCCCAUGGAAAAGCACUGGUGAAUUUGUGAGCUUGUCUGUUUUAAAACAGGGAAGCAGUUUGUGCGAGUACAAGUUAGUUUACCUUUUCAGUUUUGACAGCAUUUAUGCCAGCUUGUAUACUUCCUCCUUUUUUUCACCUCGGAUAGCCACUGUUAACGACAAAUGGUGCCUUAAUAUAAGUUAUUGAAACGCCAGCGGACUGUGUAUGUGGGUGGGUAGGAAGUCACUAAUUUCCAUGCACGCUGGCCAUACAAUCCUACAUCUGCAAGUCCACCUGAGUGUGUGCAGAAUCCUCCACAUUAGCAAGUUGUUUCUGCUUUAUAAUGUCUUCCCAGUGGCUGGAGUGCAAACAGAAGAGAAACCCGUGCAUCAGCACCUCAGUCAUCCAGAGCCUUUAAGUCGUAACAGGUAAGUUAAAUAAUCGUAUACAAGUAUAAAAUGCAAGUACAGAAAACAAACGAUUAUCUAGAUGUGAGUGGAGUACCUUGUAGAGUGUAAGCCAUGGUGCAUGGAGAAAAUAAAUAUAACAGUAUUAACCUUACACUAAACCAACCUCGCAGAUUCAUUGUCUGCAGAUUACAAUGAUUUACUGUUUCACUGACACUAUAUUUUACUAGAGUGACCAUGACACUCUUGUUUAUAGGCUUUGCUUCCUGAUAAAUAACAAUAUCAUCAUGUCCCAGUUUUAACAGGCUGUCCAUGUAAUAAAACAUUGCUUUUUCAAGACAAGCAUCCUUACAAUAUAUUUAUACAAAUAGUGGGGGACACUGCUUACACGAGGAAAGCUUUAUUAAGAAGUUGAUUUAAAUUUGAACAGCAUUGUAAGGAUGACUAAGCAACACUCAGGACACAGUACUGCCAUUUAUUUGUUUCCACAUCAAGCACUGUGUGGAAUCAUAUGUGUUCAUUUUUGAAAGUUUGGUUUUUUGCUUUUGUCCUAAAUUUCUUGCCACCGAUGACGAGAGAAUGCAGACAUUAAACAAAUGAGGAUAGGCUUUAUCUGUGGGCAUGUAUGCUACACGAGUGUCCCAGUUUGGGACCUUGAAAAUCUGGUCACCCAAUGAUUAACCAUCAGAGUGCCACAUUUACCUGAUAUCCAUAAUGAGCUGUCACUGUAAUUAACUUUGCCUUUCACUUCUCUUAUUCCCUAACAUUUGUCAUAAAUAGGUUUGCAAGUCUCAUUUCAUAAAGGGAACUAUGACCAGGUAUGCUCAAGCAGAUGGACUUAUUUACAAAAGUGUUUUGUUUUUUUUUAUUUUAGGAUGUGUUAAUUGAUAUGAAUUAACAAUUUUUGGACAAAGUCUCAGACAGCCUUGGUGUCACAAUCACUCUUAAUGCAUUAACAGCAAUAUUUGGGGGAACUCCUGGAUGACAAUAAACUGCACAGAGAUAAUCGAAGGUAAUGCCUACAUCACACUACUAGCAUGUAAACUUAUCCUUCAAAACUGCAAGAAUCCCAACCCAGCCAUUUAUAACUCUGUGGGUAAGUGAUGUUGUAACGGUGACUUUUCCAGUUUCCAAAAUUCAAGCAACUGCUGAGUUGGCAAGGUAGGAUCCAGCAUGUGUCAAACGCAUAACAUAAGAAAUUUCUCAGUCCAAUAAAGUUCAAUUUUAAAAUGAUUCCGUUAAAAUUUAAAAAGGAACAAAUUACAAAAUUUCUGAAGAAAGUUAUUAUACAUGCAGAAUAAAAGACAUAAGGAAAAAAGGUUUCUUCUACAAUCUUAGCUUUCUUCUGUUAAACAUCUAUUACUUUCUAUAUUUUAAGGAUGUGUUAUUUCUUAAUGGCAAACUUACAUCUGCUUCAUUUAGUACAUUCAGUAUGUUGUGUACAUACGGUUUGAAACUGUUUGCCCUCCAUGCCUCACCAACUGCAAGGCAGAUAAUGGAACUAGUCUGUAGUUGGAAGGACAAGAAAUAAUUACAAAAUUCCAUUUUCAAUUUAGCUUGUGAGAGUUAUGAUAGAACCUCCCAUUGACUAUUCACUAAUAAAUAGGCAUAGAUUCUAACAUAACUAAGAAAAUAUUUCUAUCAAUUUAACAUAACCUAACUAGCUAACAAAUGGCUGUUACAGACAUUCCAUAUUAUCUUAUAUUAGAACAAAUCAAAUUUUCUUUGAGGAUACACCCAAUACCUUUUUAAAACACAGCAAGAAUUCAUUAAUAUGCUGUCUAAUAUUUGGCCAGUUUUUUUUUUUUUUAAUUUGUAUUUGGUUUUCUUUUCAUUUUCUUUGGAUUGAUUUUGAAGUAAAUGGUUGUAUCUGUUACGUUGUUAUUAUCUCCUUAAUUGAGUAGCAUGUCACUGUAAUAUUCUGCUUAAAAUAAAAUAAAGUGUGUUAGCUUUCAUCAUAUCCUUUUUAAUCUUUGCUGUCUUACUCUCAAAUAUGCAAUGCUUGGAUAUAUUUAUCUUGUAUGCUCAAAUUUGUUAUGGGUACAUUAAAUUCUUUUAAACGUGCUCCAAUACUCCGCCAUCUCCACACUUGAAAGUUUGUUCCAGUUUAUCUUUUUUAUACUUUGCUACAACUUCUCAAAAUAUGCCUAUUUAACUUUUGAAAGGGGUUUCUGCCAUAAAAACAUUAUGGUAUUAUGUUAUGGUCACUAGAUUGUGAGGCUCAAUUAAUCUCAAUCCACAUACAGGACAGUACAUCUAGACAGGCUUCACUUUUUAUUGCCGUUUUGACAAACAGCCUCUGAUUACGCCUAGAAAUUUCUGUUUUUGUGCUCUGCUGUUUGUACAGUUUGCGCAGUUAAUAUUUAAGAAAUGAAAGUCCCCAUUAUUGUAAUAACCCUGUCUACACUUGCUUUUUUUUUUUAAUAUUUUAGACACAAUUACCUGCAUUACUCAGUCUGUGAAACAUUCCCAUUAUCAGGCCUUGCUGCUCACUUAUCUGGUCGCAACAUUCUCACAAAGAUGAGAUUUAUAACCCAAUGAAAGCAGACAUUUGCUUCAAUUAUCUUACACAAACGGUGCCCAUAACCCACCUCUUUGAUUUUUGCAUGUGUUUUCUUAAUAAAGUGUAAUCAUCUGUUAUACUCCUCCACAUCCCUUGGAUUUACCCAGGUUUCUGUUAUUGCUAUAAUAUGAGUAUUAUGUGCAUUUAUACUUGUCUCCAAGUCACUUGUUUUAUUCUUAAUACUUCUAGCAUUGGACUUAAACUUUUUUAACGUUUCACUCAUUUUAUUUUGGCUUCUUAACUGUUGGUGGACAUUUUCAAAGCUACGUGUAUAAUUGUAUUAAUACUACUGUUUUUAUUUCAUGUGAAGUUCUAAACCCAACCUGUCGUAAACUCACUGCCCAGCUUUACUCAGUUUAAACAAUCUGUGACUUACCAACUCGUCCACCUCCUCAGUACAUUGCUGCCCCCCAUCAUGGUGUUACAGGACUCGCCUGUUUUAAAAGGCACCUCAAAUUUUCACAUAUCUUUUGUAUACAGUAUAUAUGUGUUUUUUAAUUAUGUUUUACUAG